UUUCCCCCUACGCCCUUCUAGCCCUCACCACUCUAUGAUUGCUGCUGCAAGAAUGUCUUUUCCACCUCACUUGAAUCGCCCUCCUAUGGGAAUCCCAACACUUCCACCUGGGAUUCCACCUCCACAAUUUCCUGGUUUUCCUCCACCUGUACCUCCUGGGACCCCCAUGAUUCCCGUACCAAUGGGUAUUAUGGCUCCUGCUCCAACGGUCUUAGUUCCUACCACGGUGUCCAUGGUUGGAAAGCACUUGGGAGCCAGAAAAGAGCACCCUGGUCUAAAGAAUAAAGAAAAUGAUGAAAACAGCGGUCCCACUACCACUGUCUUUGUGGGCAACAUUUCCGAGAAGGCAUCAGAUAUGCUUAUAAGACAGCUCCUAGCUAAAUGUGGCUUGGUUUUGAGUUGGAAGAGAGUGCAAGGGGCAUCUGGAAAACUUCAAGCUUUUGGAUUUUGUGAAUACAAAGAACCAGAAUCCACUCUACGAGCACUGAGACUACUCCAUGACCUCCAGAUUGGAGAGAAGAAGCUGCUAGUUAAAGUUGAUGCCAAGACAAAAGCUCAGCUAGAUGAAUGGAAAGCAAAGAAAAGGGCUUCCAAUGGGAACUCCAGACCAGAGUCUACAAAUGAUGAUGACGAAGCACUGGAUGAGGAAACAAAGAGAAGAGAUCAGUUAAUUAAAGGGGCCAUUGAAGUAUUAAUACGAGAAUAUUCCAGCGAGCUCAAUGCCCCUUCCCAGGAAUCUGACUCUCAUCCCAGGAAGAAGAAAAAGGAAAAGAAGGAGGACAUUUUCCGCAGAUUUCCAGUGGCCCCACUGAUACCUUAUCCACUCAUCACCAAGGAGGAUAUAAAUGCUAUAGAAAUGGAGGAAGACAAAAGAGACCUGAUAUCAAGAGAGAUCAGUAAAUUCAGAGACACACACAAGAAACUGGAGGAGGAAAAAGGCAAAAAAGAGAAAGAGAGACAGGAAAUUGAAAAAGAACGGAGAGAAAGAGAGAGGGAACGGGAGCGUGAACGAGAGAGGAGGGAGCGCGAAAGAGAGAGGGAACGGGAGCGUGAACGAGAGAAGGAGAAAGAACGGGAGCGUGAACGAGAGCGGGAUAGGGAUCGUGACCGGACUAAAGACAGAGACAGAGACCGGGAUCGAGACAGAGACAGAGACCGUGAAAGGAGCUCAGACCGCAACAAGGAUCGAAGCAGAUCAAGAGAGAAAAGCAGAGACAGAGAACGUGAACGGGAGCGGGAGCGGGAAAGAGAACGGGAGAGAGAGCGGGAGAGAGAACGAGAGCGGGAAAGGGAAAGGGAGAGAGAACGGGAGCGUGAGCGAGAAAAGGACAAGAAAAGGGACCGAGAAGAGGAUGAAGAGGAUGCCUAUGAACGCCGAAAGCUGGAAAGGAAACUACGUGAGAAGGAAGCUGCUUAUCAAGAGCGUCUUAAAAACUGGGAGAUCAGAGAACGGAAGAAAACUAGAGAAUAUGAAAAAGAAUCUGAGAGGGAAGAAGAAAGACGAAGGGAAAUGGCAAAAGAAGCCAAACGGCUAAAAGAAUUUUUAGAAGAUUAUGAUGAUGACAGAGAUGAUCCAAAAUAUUACAGGGGUAGUGCUCUUCAAAAAAGAUUGAGAGAUAGGGAGAAAGAGAUGGAAGGAGAUGAACGAGAUAGGAAGAGGGAGAAAGAAGAGUUGGAAGAAAUCAGGCAGCGCCUUCUGGCAGAAGGACAUCCAGAUCCAGAUGCAGAACUCCAGAGGAUAUGGAAAGCUUUUUUGGUUUCCAGUCUUUAUAUGGAACAAGAGGCCGAAAGGCGCCGACAGCCACAAAUCAAACAGGAGCCAGAAUCUGAAGAAGAAGAGGAAGAAAAGCCAGAAAAAGAGGAAAAAAGGGAAGAACCAGAGGAAGAGGAGGAGGAACCGGAACAAAAGCCUUGCCUUAAACCAACCCUACGACCCAUCAGCUCUGCCCCAUCUGUUUCAUCUGCUAGUGGCAACGCAACCCCUAACACCCCUGGUGAUGAAUCUCCCUGUGGCAUCAUCAUCCCUCAUGAAAACUCGCCUGAUCAGCAACAGCCAGAGGAGCAUAGACCUAAAAUAGGACUUAGCCUCAAAUUGGGUGCCUGCAAUAGUCCAAGCCAGCCCAAUGCUGUGAAGAGGAAGAAGCUCCCCGUGGACAGUGUAUUCAAUAAAUUUGAGGAUGAAGACAGUGAUGAUGUGCCCCGGAAAAGGAAAUUGGUCCCCUUGGAUUAUGGUGAAGAAGAUAAAGGCUCCUCCAAGGGCAAUGUCAAUACAGAAGAAAAGCGCAAACAUAUUAAAAGUCUUAUUGAGAAAAUUCCCACAGCCAAACCAGAGCUCUUUGCUUAUCCUCUUGAUUGGUCUAUUGUGGAUUCAACAUUAAUGGAACGUCGAAUUAGACCAUGGAUCAACAAGAAAAUAAUAGAAUAUAUUGGUGAAGAAGAAGCCACACUAGUUGAUUUUGUUUGUUCAAAGGUUAUGGCUCAUAGUUCGCCGCAGAGCAUAUUGGACGAUGUUGCUAUGGUACUAGAUGAAGAAGCGGAAGUUUUUAUAGUCAAAAUGUGGAGGCUAUUGAUAUACGAAACAGAAGCCAAGAAAAUCGGUCUAGUGAAGUAAAGCACUCUCCUUGCUUUUAGGGUUCCAUUUGUUUUUUUUGUUUUCCUUUUCCAUCAUUCAAGAACUUUGAAUUUUCUCUGUCCUCGGAGACACUUGUGAGACCUGUAUUUUUUUUAUGUAGAAAAUGUGAAAAAAAACGUGUCCUCUGCUCUGUUGAGGCCACUCUGCCCCCCUCGGUUAUGGUUAUAUGAAUCCUGCAUUGUUUCUCUUUAUAGUUCACCAGGUACAAUUACUGGUAUGUUUUAUAAGAUGCAGCUACUGUACAAGUCUCUGGUGAUCUUGUUCGGCAAAUCUGUUCCUUGUAAAUAUUAAAAAGACUCCAUUGUUUUGCAAAACAUUUGCACUUAAUGUGGAACUAUAUCAUACAGACCAAGAGAAUUGAUUUUACUGAAAGUGUAUCAUCCUCGUCUCUCUUCUCCUCCCGCCCCCUUUUUAUUUAAAGAACGAUCAUAAUAGAAUUGAAAUUAGAAUUGUAAAAAUAGAAUAAGUGGAUGGAGCGACUUUCUCGGCUUUCACAGUAUGUGUGAGCGCGUGCCUGCGACUGUUGAUUUGUCCCCCUCAUCUGACUUAGGGAGAGGAGUGGCCUUAAGCUUUUCAUUGUAUGUGAACGUGCAGGAAAAAUGGUGGUGUUUUGCCAAUUUAGAAUUCCUUGUGAAACUGGCCAGAUUCCUCCUGCAAAUGCUCAACCUUCCCAUAAAGGGAAUGCAGAUUACAGGAUACUUCUUAUUCUUUGUUAGUUAUGAUGAGGAGAUGACUUCAGUGAGCACU